AUGGGGCUGUAUCUCAGUGCACCAUCACCACCCAGUCCCAAGUCGCGAACUACGCAGACGGCCGGACGAGGCGACCUUCUGGGAGUCCUUGCACAAGCGGCUUCUCAUGAGUACGAGAAGAACGGCAAACAAUCAAUUGUCUCGACUUCAUCAAGCAAACAACAAGAACGUACAUAUCAGCGAGGAACGCGAACUGCUAGAAGAGGCGGCCAUCUAGGAUUUUCAACUCGCGUGGCUCGCAAGAUGGAGCAGGAGCAAGAUCACGACUACUCGGUCUUCUUAUACGGAGAUUAUGACGAGGAAGACGAUGAAAACGACACAACCUACGAGUUUCAUGAAGCAGACGAUGUCGAAGAAGAAGAAGAAGCCGACGACGACGAAGAACUGCAUGAUGAGGCGGACUACCUUCUUCGCUCGGGCGCAACGCAACACAACACCCGCAUCACCGGCGACUGGCACAUCGAAUUCGAGUCACCCAACAAUUCCUGGCUCACACCUCUGAAUGGCCUGACCCUGAAAGUAUCCUGCGACACAGACCGACCGGGCGAAUACAUGGCUACUUUCGACUUCAAGAUCAUCGAAGGCGUUAUGCGCAUUUCUUCUCUCAUGCCAGUGGUUACGAGCCAGGAUGCGACUCAGAAGGAAUUGCGAGGAAUCUACAAGUUCCGAGCUAUCGAAAAGAGCAAGACUGGGAAGAAGGUUCCAGUGGAGUCGAAUCUGGAAUGUGAGGAUUUUCCCAUCACACUCAGGUACUGA